AUGGCGGGCCUGACCCUGUUUGUGCGCCACCUCCCGCCUUCGGCCUGCAGCGAGCAGCUGGAGGAGCUGUUCAGUCAGGUGGGGCCGGUGAAGCAGUGCUUCAUGGUGACUGAGAAAGGGAGUAAGGUAUGUCGAGGCUUUGGCUAUGUUACUUUCUCCAUGGCCGAAGAUGUUCAGAGGGCCCUCAAGGAGAUCACUACCUUUGAAGGUUGCAAGAUCAACAUCACUGUUGCCAAGAAAAAAGUGAGGAACAAAUCCAAGGAAAGAAAGAAAAAUGAAAAUUCAGAAUCUCCCAAGAAGGAGCUGAAAACUAAGAAAGCCAAAGUGACAGAUAAAAAAGCCAGAUUAAUUAUUCGGAACCUGAGCUUUAAGUGUUCAGAAGAUGACUUGAAAACGGUAUUUACUCAAUUUGGAACUGUACUAGAAGUGAACAUUCCAAGAAAGCCAGAUGGAAAGAUGCGUGGUUUUACUUUUGUUCAGUUCAAAAAUCUCCUAGAAGCAGGAAGAGCUCUCAAAGACAUGAACAUGAAAGACAUAAAAGGGCAAACAGUGGCAGUGGACUGGGCUGUGGCGAAGGAUAAAUAUAAAGAUACACAGUCUGUUUCUGCUCCAGGUGAGAACUGCUUUGAACCUAUGCCUCAGGGGUCAGUUAGAAAGAAGAGCAGAGUGGAAGAGAAUGAUGAUGAUGAUGUUGGGGUUGAUGGUGAUGCGGAUGACAGUGAUGAAGAGGAAGAGGAGGAGGAAGAAUCAGAGGUGACCAAGCAUGUGAAAGUUCAGAAGAGAACAGUCAAGAAAGCAGCCCCUGUAGAAUGCAGCAACAAAGAUGAUUCACAGGAGGACAGUGACCUGGAGGAAAGAAGUAGCAUUGAUGGUGAUGAAGAACUGUUACCAAAUGAUAGCAGUGCUGAAGAACAGGAAGAUGAAGAUGUGCAAAUCUCAAAGACAAAAAAGAGGAAAUUACCCUCUGAUGUGAAUGAAGGGAAAACUGUUUUUAUCAGAAACCUGUCCUUUGACUCAGAGGAAGAAGAACUUGGGGAGCUCCUCCAGCAGUUUGGAGAUCUUAAAUAUGUCCGCAUCGUCUUGCAUCCAGACACAGAGCAUUCUAAAGGUUGUGCAUUUGUCCAAUUCAUGACUCAAGAAGCUGCUCAGAAAUGCCUCACUGCUGCUUCUCCAGAGACUGAAGGUGGUGGGCUUAAACUGGAUGGCCGGCAGCUCAAGGUUGACUUGGCUGUGACCCGUGAUGAGGCUGCAAAACUUCAGACAAAGAAAGUGAAGAAGCCCACUGGGACCCGGAACCUUUAUCUGGCUCGAGAAGGCUUGAUCCAUGCUGGAACUAAGGCUGCUGAGGGUGUGAGUGCUGCUGAUAUGGCCAAACGAGAACGUUUUGAGCUACUGAAGCAUCAGAAGCUUAAGGACCAGAAUAUCUUUGUCUCCCAGACCAGGCUCUGCCUGCACAAUCUUCCCAAGGCUGUGGAUGACAAACAGCUGAGAAAGCUGCUGCUGAAUGCCACUAGGGAGGAGAAGGGAGUACGCAUCAAGGAGUGCAGGGUGAUGCAAGACCUUAAAAGAGUUCAUGGGAACAUGAAGGGGCAGUCCCUGGGCUAUGCCUUUGCUGAGUUCCAGGAGCACGAGCAUGCCCUGAGAGCCCUCCGCCACAUCAAUAACAACCCAGAAAUCUUUGGGCCUCUUAAGAGACCAAUAGUGGAGUAUUGGUCUCUUAAGGAAGAUCGAAGGAAACUUAAAAUGAAGGAAAUGAGGAUCUAGCGCAGCCUGCAAACAAUGAAAUUGAAGCCUGCAACCGGUGAGCCUCAAAAGCAGAAGAAAGCACCCAUAAAAGAGAAGCAACAGAAGGCAGCUCAAAACUACUCACAGGAUCAAAACAAGGCUCCCCCAGGGCAGAAGGGGAAGGUGGGCUCCACCUCAUGGGCAGGGUUCCAGACCAAGGCUGAAGUAGAACAGGUGGAACUGCCCAAUGGAAAGAAGAGAAGGAAGGUCCUGGCGCUCCCCUCUCAUCGAGGACCCAAAAUUAGAUUGCGAGACAAAGGCAAAGUGAAGUCCCUCCCUCCUAAGAAGCCUAAGCCCCAGAUAAAGCAGUGGAAGCAAGAGAAACAGCAGCUGUCAUCCAAGCAGAUUCCUAGAAGAAAAGCCAAGGGAAACAGGACAGAAGCUCACUUCAACCACCUGGUUGAACAAUAUAAGCAGAAACUGUUAGGACCUUCUAAAGGUGCACCUCUUGCAAAGAGGAGCAAAUGGUUUGACAGUUGAUGUGGUUGGUAGUCUGGGUAAGAAGAUGGAUGUGCACUUUCUGGUAAAGCUUAGAAUCCAGUCUACCUCCCAUGUCUUUCAUAAGGGAAAGAAGAUCCC